AUGACAAGUACCAAUGAACUAGAAAAACGAUUACUCACACGAUGCUACAACUCUAACGAGGAAAUACUAAACAUACUAGAAACACGAUACUCGACUGAAGGAGAACAAAAGCCGACAAUUUUAUUCAAACAUGUCAAGAAACCCACCAAGAACAAUCGGAAAUCCAUCUUGCUCAAACCAUCAUCCGAUGAUAAAAUCCCCUCAAGCAGAAAAAGAUCAACCAGAAAUGAGCUUAAACAAUACAUCACAUCAACAAUUACCAACCAACGUAAAUUGAUCAAAAAAAUUCGAGCGUAUAAACGUGCCAACCAACCUUUUAGUAUUGAACCAUUGAUUAAACAAUAUGAUAUACCUAAAUUUGAAGAUUUUAUCAAAAUGAAUGAUUUAUGGCAGAGCUAUAUUCAAGAUUUGCUUGGUCUUGAUACGAAUACCCCACUCAAUACUUCUGUCAUGCUACCGAAAUUGGUCAAUGCCGACUUUAAUGGAUGCUUACUAACGGUACUACAAUCACGCAACAAUAACGUUGUUGGGACCAGAGGUAUAGUUGUGUGGGACUGUCAGCAUUCAUUUAUAAUGGUUGUACCUCGUGGUGAAGAUUAUAAGGAGUGGACACUGGCUGCUGCAAAUGACAAGGAAGUCACAAAGGAAUUGGAUCCGGCAGCGUUUGUAGGUGGAAUGAAAAUCAUUCCCAAGCAAUAUACUCUAUUUGGCUUCGAUGUCGUUUUACCAAGUGAAAAGAAGCAUGAUAAUAAUGAAAGAGAUAUAGAGGUUGAUGAUGAUGAUGAUGAUGAUGAUGAUGAAUCGCAAGAAGGAGUAGAAAGCAUAGGGUUUACCUUGAUUGGCUCAAGAUUUGAAAUACGAAGUGUUGAGAGGUCGGCGAAAAAGUUUAAAAAUCAUGCUGUUGAUGAUCUACUAUAG